AUGGAGAACGGUGGAAUCGAGGAGGCCGACGACGCACUGCCGGUGCCCGCGCCGCCCAAUGGGCGGCGGUACCGGCCGGUCGGGUCGAGCGACCGCGCCGUGAUCCAGAUGACUUCCAUGGAGCCGGGAUCCUCCUCUGCCACCAUCGAUGCCGUCGUGACGCCCCAGCCCCCAAGGAACCUGAAGCCUGAUACUAAUCUAACUAUUGAUCCAAGUAUGCGGGAAGGUUCUCCUGAUGAUCAUGAUACAUCCAGUGGAUCUCAAGGGGAUUCAAAGCUAGAGCUCUUUGGUUUUGAUUCUCUUGUAAAUAUAUUGGGCCUUAAGAGCAUGACAGGAGAGCAGAUUCAGGCCCCUUCAAGUCCUAGGGAUGGCGAGGAUGUUGCAAUUACCAUUGGGCGCCCCAAGCAAAGUGGACCUAAGUUCGGCACCAUGAUGGGUGUCUUUGUUCCAUGCUUGCAGAAUAUCUUGGGAAUCAUUUAUUAUAUCCGUUUUACCUGGAUUGUAGGUAUGGCAGGUGUAUGGCAGUCUCUUGUGUUAGUUUCAUUUUGUGGUGCAUGCACAUUUUUAACCUCGAUAUCAUUAAGUGCCAUUGCAACGAAUGGAGCUAUGAAGGGUGGUGGGCCAUAUUAUCUUAUAGGCCGUGCACUUGGUCCUGAAGUUGGAGUUAGUAUAGGAUUAUGCUUCUUCCUCGGGAAUGCAGUGGCUGGAUCCAUGUAUGUGCUUGGAGCUGUAGAAACCUUUCUUGAUGCUGUUCCUUCUGCUGGACUUUUCCAAAAGAGUGUAACAGUUGUCAACAAUACAUUAGUGAAUGGUACAGAAACUGCUGGCACGUCAACUAUAUCUACACCCAGUUUGCAUGAUCUUCAAGUGUAUGGUGUUAUUGUGACCAUACUGCUAUGUUUUAUUGUGUUUGGUGGUGUCAAAAUCAUCAACAAGGUUGCACCUGCUUUCUUAAUACCAGUCCUGUUUUCUUUGCUGUGCAUCUAUCUUGGUGUCUUCAUUGCACCAAGGCAUAAUGCUCCAAAGGGAAUCACUGGGUUGAGUAUAACCACAUUGAAAGACAAUUGGGGUGAAGACUAUCAACGAACAAACAAUGCUGGUGUUCCUGAUCCAAGUGGAUCAAUAUAUUGGGAUUUCAAUGCUUUGGUAGGUCUCUUUUUCCCAGCAGUCACUGGAAUUAUGGCUGGCUCAAACCGAUCUGCUUCACUGAAAGAUACACAGCGUUCAAUACCAAUCGGCACAUUAUCUGCAACUCUUACAACAACUGCUAUGUACCUGUUCUCUGUGCUUCUAUUUGGAGCCUUGGCCACACGGGAGGAGCUUCUAACUGAUAGGCUUCUUACUGCUACGGUGGCUUGGCCUGCUCCUGCAGUGAUUUACAUUGGUAUUAUUCUGUCAACCUUAGGUGCAGCACUGCAGAGUUUGACUGGGGCUCCAAGGUUGCUUGCAGCAAUUGCGAAUGAUGACAUUCUUCCAGUUCUUAAUUACUUCAAAGUUUCUGAGGGAUCUGAGCCACAUGCGGCCACUUUAUUCACGGCUUUCAUCUGUAUUUGCUGUGUUGUUAUUGGAAACUUGGAUUUGAUUACACCCACUAUCACAAUGUUUUUCCUUCUGUGCUAUGCCGGCGUGAACUUGUCAUGCUUUCUGCUUGACCUCCUGGAUGCUCCUAGCUGGCGCCCUAGAUGGAAAUUUCACCAUUGGAGCCUUUCACUUGUUGGGGCAUUGCUCUGUGUUGUGAUUAUGUUUCUGAUCUCCUGGUCUUUCACUGUUGUCUCCCUUGCCCUUGCAAGCCUCAUCUAUUACUAUGUGAGCAUAAAAGGGAAGGCUGGAGACUGGGGAGAUGGGUUCAAGAGUGCAUACUUUCAAUUGGCACUCCGAAGUCUCAGAUCUCUUGGAGCAAACCAAGUGCAUCCUAAGAAUUGGUACCCCAUUCCUCUGAUAUUCUGCCGUCCAUGGGGUAAACUUCCGGAAAAUGUUCCUUGUCAUCCAAAACUUGCAGACUUCGCUAAUUGUAUGAAGAAGAAGGGCCGUGGUAUGUCCAUUUUUGUCUCGAUAAUUGAUGGUGAUUACCAUGAACUAGCUGAGGAUGCAAAGACUGCCUGCCACCAACUGGAUGCUUACAUUGACUACAAACGCUGUGAGGGUGUUGCAGAGAUCAUUGUAGCUCCUACUAUGUCUGAUGGCUUCCGUAGCAUUGUGCAGACAAUGGGCCUAGGAAACUUGAAGCCAAACAUUGUUGUGAUGCGGUACCCUGAGAUCUGGCGGCGUGAGAAUUUGACACAGAUACCGUCAACAUUUGUCAGUAUAAUAAAUGAUUGCAUUAUUGCUAACAAGGCAGUAGUCAUUGUGAAGGGACUCGAUGAGUGGCCUAACGAGUACCAGCGACAGUAUGGGACUAUUGACCUCUACUGGAUUGUAAGAGAUGGAGGAUUGAUGCUGCUUCUGUCUCAGCUCCUGUUGACAAAGGAGAGUUUUGAGAGCUGUAAGAUCCAAGUCUUCUGCAUAUCUGAAGAGGAUACCGACGCAGAGGAGCUGAAGGCUGAUGUCAAAAAGUUCUUGUAUGAUCUUAGGAUGCAAGCUGAGGUCAUUGUUGUCACUAUGAAAUCAUGGGAGUCACACAUGGAGAGCAGCAGUAGCGGUGCUCAGCAGGAUAACUCCCAUGAGGCUUACACAAGUGCACAGCAAAGGAUCAGAACAUACCUUGACGAGAUGAAGGAAACUGCUCAAAGAGAAAGGCAGCCACUAAUGGAGAAUGGGAGGCAAGUUGUUGUGAAUGAACAGAAGGUUGAUAAAUUCCUUUACACAAUGUUCAAGUUGAACUCCACGAUACUCAGGUACUCCAGAAUGGCAGCUGUAGUUCUUGUGAGCCUUCCACCACCACCAUUAAAUCAUCCUUCAUAUUUCUACAUGGAGUACAUGGAUUUGCUUGUAGAGAAUGUCCCACGCAUGUUAAUAAGACUGGAUACACAAGAUUCAAGCGUGGAUUCUACCACAGAAAUGACGAGCCCUCACCUUGAAGGCAACCAUGAUGAGAUGUCAGCAAUGGCUUCGGCGGUGGAGCGGCGGAGGGAGGAGCACACGCGGAGAUCGCGUUCCCCAGCACGGGACAGGGAGCGGAGGGGAACGCCGCCACGCAGGCGGAGUUCCCCAGAGCGGAGGAAGGGUUCGCCUGCUAGGGCACGGUCUCCUCCUGCGAAGUCAAGUGCGUCGCACAGGGAUAGGGACAGGUCGCCUCCGAGGGAGAAGGUGAAGGAGCGUGUCAAGUCGCCGCAGUCUCCUGCUAAGGUCAGCCUGUCGCACAAGGGGAGGGAGAGGUUGCCUCCCAGGGAGAAGACGAAGGACCAACGGGCCAGGUCGCCGAAACAUACGCAGGAGCAGUCACGAUCACCCUCACCUUCUAGGCGGCACGCCUCUAGGUCGCCCUCGCCACGCACCAAGAGGCUGAGGAGAGCCCAGGGUGAGCGGGAGGUUGCGCAGGUUACUGGCAGUGACCGCCGGAAGGCCGGUCACAGGGAGGAGCAGGAUACAGUGAGGCACAGGGAGCAUGAUGAGGGGAGGGAUGCUUCAAGAGACAGGAAGGUGGAUAAGGAGGCAGUGCAGGUAACGAAUGGUGAUCGCCGCAAGUCCUCGCACAGGGAAGAGCAGGACUCACGGGGCAAGCACAGGGAGCAUGAUGAAGGGAGGGAUGCAUCUAGAGAUAGGAAGUCGGAUCGAGAGGAUACCAGAGGUACUGCAAAAGAUAAGAAAUAUGAUCGUGAUGAUGGGAAGGAUCAUUCUAGGGAGAGGAGGGCUGGGAAGGAUGACAAGUCUGGUGCUUCAAAGGAGACAUUGCCGAGCCAGGAUGAUGAUAGGCAUGGAAGGCCUAAUCGGGAUGACUGGAAAUCUGCUUCUUCAAGGGAGCAAAGGCUGGACCGUGGUGACAGAAGGGAUUCUACAAGAGAGAAACCAACAGAUCAUGAGGAGAGCAAUGGGGGAUCAGGAAGGUCAUCCAGGCGUGGUCGAUCAGUGUCUCCAGAAGAGCACAGGCAUCAGGGCAGGCAUGAAUCUCAUCCAUCACUGAGGGUGUCCGGAAGUGCAGCACAUACCGAGGAUAUUAACUCUAGAGGAGGUGAAGCAUCCUGGAGCGGAGAUCCUGAUGCUUUGGCAAGAAUGAACGCAACCACAGAAGCUCUUGAAGCAAAAGAAAAGCAAAAGCCAUCGUUUGAAUUGUCUGGAAAGCUUGCUGAGGAGACCAACAGAGUUGCAGGUGUAAAUCUAUUAUAUUCAGAACCCGCAGAGGCUCGAAAGUCAGAGAUUAGAUGGAGGCUCUAUGUAUUUAAAGAUGGUGAACCACUGAAUGAACCACUGUAUGUUCAUCGGAUGACCUGCUACCUUUUUGGAAGAGAAAGGAAAGUUGCAGACGUCCCCACAGAUCAUCCCUCCUGCAGCAAGCAACAUGCAGUUCUUCAAUACCGACUUGUGGAGAAGGAGCAACCAGAUGGCAUGAUGGCAAAGAAAGUAAGGCCUUAUCUGAUGGAUCUUGAUAGUACAAAUGGAACUUUCAUCAAUGGAAAUCGCAUUGAGCCUCGGCGCUAUUAUGAGCUAUUUGAAAAGGAUACACUCAAGUUUGGCAACAGUAGCCGGGAGUAUGUUUUGCUCCACGAAAAUUCAACAGAAUGA